AUGAACUACGAGAACACCGCCCCCAGUGUACCGGCCAACGGCUACACGAGCCAGAACACGACACCUGGCCUCAAGUUCGACUCUCAGAACAUGAAGACCGAGAGGGACGCAGCGCGCCUUGCGGGUGUGCCAAAGCCCAGUGCCACAGACUAUCAGGUGUCCAAGGAGGAGAUCAAGGCUCAGUGGAAGGCGUUCCAGACAGACAAGCCUAAGCUUGGCGAGAACCACUGGUAG